AUGGCAGCCACUGUGCAUUCUGGUGCUCCCGCGACACCAGGUGACGACCCGGGCGUAGCCGCCUCGGCCAGCGUGGCGGCCGUUGAGCAGGCACUCUGUAUGACUCGCGCAGGCCAGGCUGCAAUGGAUGCCGUCAUUGGCUCAGGUGCCUCUCUUCUAGGUCGGACCAUCCGUGUCUGCCGACAGUUCUAUCUCAGACAGAUGUAA